UGGCGGCCCACUACGAAAGCAGUUGGGGAAACACCCUUACAAAAAAUAGAAUUUUUGAUGAAACUAUCACUGAUGACAAGAAUGGCGAUAUCCCAAGAAAUGUACAGGCUUACGAAGUUUUGAGUAAAUUUGAAACCUGUCAAAUAAGGAUUUAAAUUUGUCAAAAUGCGACGAAGUCAAGCACCAAGCCAAAGGAAUGGAAUUGUACAAAAGCGGCAAAGUGAUGAAUUGGAAUCACCUCGAACAGUCAAGGACAAACGCCACAAGAAGUCGAAUGCUGAGAUCAGCAGUGGAUACCAAUUUCAGUCCCCAUAUCGACAGCCAUUAGCUAAUAUAGCCAACAGCCACUCUUUCCAUGAUGGCUCAUCACAUGAAGCUCUCAUCAAGAAUCUUCUUUCCAAGCCUUUUAAAAUCCCAAUCCCUAAUUAUCAAGGAGCUUCAUCAUUACGAGCCCUUGGUGUACGGAGGCAGGGCACCAGGCAACCCCUGCACGACCCUUAUGAAGAGGGGUCCCUCAUUCUGUACACACCACCAGAGUUGUCUGCCCAUGACCAGCUCAAGGCGGACUUAGAAAAGCAGCCCGUCCAUGUGGUGGUGGACCCUCUCCUGUCCAAGGUGCUGAGACCUCAUCAAAGGGAGGGAGUCAAGUUCAUGUAUGACUGCAUUACAGGCUGUCAGAUAGAAGGGAGUUAUGGCUGCAUCAUGGCCGAUGAAAUGGGCCUGGGGAAGACACUGCAGUGCAUCACACUCAUGUGGACAUCACUGAAGCAAAGCCCAGACUGCUGCCCUUUGAUUGAAAAGGCCAUAGUUGUGUGUCCCAGUAGUUUAGUGAAGAACUGGUACAAUGAAAUCAGCAAGUGGCUGGGAGGGCGUGUGAAAGCUCUCGCUAUCGACAGCGGCACAAAGAGUGAAAUCGAUAAAAACCUGACUCACUUCAUGUCACAGGCAGGACGCAGAGUGAUGUUCCCCAUCCUCAUCAUCUCCUAUGAAACUUUCCGACUCCACGCCUACGUGCUGCACAAAGGAUCAGUGGGGCUGGUCAUAUGUGAUGAGGGUCAUCGACUGAAGAACUCUGAGAACCAGACCUACCAGGCUCUCAGUCAGAUGAACGCCAAGCGACGAGUCCUUCUGUCCGGCACGCCCAUACAGAACGACCUUCUUGAGUACUUCAGUCUCAUCCACUUUGUCAACACUGGCAUUCUAGGCACAGCCUCUGAGUUCAAGCGUCGCUUCGAGAACCCCAUCCUGCGUGGGAGGGAUGCUGAUUCCACAGACGACGAGCACAAGAAGGGGCAGGAGAAGCUGCAGGAGCUUGCUGCUGUGGUGAACAGAUGCAUUAUCAGGAGAACACAAGCUCUUCUCACAAAGUACCUGCCAGUUAAAAUUGAGCUGGUGGUCUGCUGUAAACUCACGCCUCUACAGUCAGCCCUGUACAAACAGUUUGUGUCCUCCAAGUCUUCUGAGUGUGAUCUGACAUCUAACAGUAAAAUGGCCGUCAGCAGCCUCUCGGCCAUCACUCAGCUAAAGAAACUCUGCAAUCACCCCGACUUGGUGUAUGAGAAGUGUGUGCAAGGAGCAGACGGGUUUGAAGGAGGCCUAGACUAUUUCCCUCAAGGUCAUAACCUUAAGAAGAUCAGGCCAGAACUAUCAGGGAAGUUUGUGGUGCUCGACACCCUGCUGGCUGUGGUGAAGUCAACAAGCAACGACAAGGUGGUCCUGGUGUCUAACUACACCCAGACUCUCGACCUGUUCGAGACACUCUGCAGGCAGAGGAACUACCAGCAUGUGAGACUGGAUGGAUCAAUGACUAUCAAGAAGAGAGCCAAAAUAGUAGAAAGAUUCAAUGACCCUACUAGUCCAGAGUUCAUCUUCAUGCUGAGUAGCAAGGCAGGUGGGUGUGGCCUGAACCUGAUAGGAGCCAAUCGACUGGUGAUGUUUGACCCUGACUGGAAUCCAGCCAAUGACGAUCAAGCUAUGGCUAGAUGCUGGCGUGAUGGACAAAAGAAACAGUGUUUUAUAUACAGAUUUAUUGCAACUGGCACGAUUGAGGAGAAGAUCUUCCAGCGCCAGGCUCACAAGAAGGCCCUCAGCAGCUGUGUCGUGGACAACGAGGAGGAUGUGGAGAGACACUUCAGUCUCGAUGAGCUCAAAGAUCUCUUCAAACUCAACGAGACUACCACCAGUGAUACUCAUGACAAGUUCAAGUGUCGUCGGUGUGUAAACAACAUCCAGGUGAAGCCCCCUGCCCCGGACACGGACUGCAACUCGGACUUGUCUCAAUGGAACCACUGUGCUGAUAAGAAGGGCUUGCCAGACAUGGCCCUCAAGGCAGCGUGGAACUCUGCAGUCACCUUCGCCUUCCACCACUACUCCCAUGAAGCUCAGCGCAAGACGGCCUAACGUUCAGCUGUACACAUGCCUGUGUAACACAAAUGUGGGACCUGUUAUUGAGCUGUAUGCUCAGAUGUGUUGUGGAAUGUACUGUACGCUCAGACUGUGUCAUCAAUUGACUCAUUUCAGUACAGUUGGCCCUGUUGUGGAAUGGAAUGUAAGCUUAGAUAAUGUCAUGGAUUGACUGACUUAAAUACAGUGGCACAGGAUAUGUAAUAUACUGCAUGCUCAUAUGCAUACAGAGCAGAGAUGCUUGUGUCAUCGAUUGACUCACUUCAAUUCUGUUGUGCCAGUUGUGAAAUGUACUGUAAGCUCAGAGGGCGUCAUGGAUUGACUGACUUAAAUACAGUGGCACAGGAUAUGUAAUAUACUGUAUGCUCAUAUGCAUACAGAGCAGAGAUGCUUCAUGCCAUCGAUUGACUCACUUCAAUUCUGUUGUGCCAGUUGUGAAAUGUACUGUAAGCUCAGAGGGCAUCAUUGAUUGACUGACUUGAAUGCAGUGGCACAAGAUAUGUAAUAUACUGUAUGCUCAUAUGCAAACAGAGCAGAGAAACUGGUGUCAUUGACUCACUCACUCCAUUACUGUUGGAUCUGUUGUGGAAUGGAAUGCAAGCUAAGAGGACCUGACAGUGCCCUGUUUAUGUAAUAUGCUGUAAAUUACCUGGCUACUUAGUGCUCAACAUGUAUAUAGCUCCACCAUUAGAUACACUUUAAGCUGAUCCUAUUCUGGUGGCAUUUAUAGAGUGGACUGCUAGAUUUGAUGGAGCUAUUCGGAGGAACUUGCUUUAUGAAAUGUCUUUAACAACCAUUCCUACUCCUGCAGAGAUGCAGUGUACAAGGUGAUCAUAAUACACAUAUGUACAAGUCUG